UCUCACCUGUAUCAGUCCCACCUGUGUCAGUUCCACCUGUGUCAGUUCCACCUGUGUCAGUCCCACCUGUGUCAGUCUCACCUGUAUCAGUCCCACCUGUGUCAGUCUCACCUGUGUCAGUCUCACCUGUAUCAGUCCCACCUGUGUCAGUUCCACCUGUGUCAGUUCCACCUGUGUCAGUCCCACCUGUGUCAGUCCCACCUGUGUCAGUCCCACCUGUGUCAGUUCCACCUGUGUCAGUCCCACCUGUGUCAGUCCCACCUGUGUCAGUCUCACCUGUAUCAGUCCCACCUGUAUCAGUCCCACCUGUGUCAGUUCCACCUGUGUCAGUCCCACCUGUGUCAGUCCCACCUGUGUCAGUCCCACCUGUGUCAGUCUCACCUGUUCAGUCUCACCUGUGUCAGUCAGUCCCACCUGUGUCAGUCCCACCUGUGUCAGUCCCACCUGUGUCAGUCUCACCUGUAUCAGUCCCACCUGUGUCAGUUCCACCUGUGUCAGUCCCACCUGUGUCAGUCCCACCUGUGUCAGUCCCACCUGUGUCAGUCUCACCUGUCUCAGUGA